AUGCUGAUUGAUCUGUCUCGAAAAGAACACGACCUAGAGCGUACGGCAACAGGAACUGAACACACGGUCGACCACGUCAGACUUGUGCCCCGGCCUUCCGACGACCCAGCAGAUCCCUUGAACUGGUCACUAUGGCGCAAACUGGCCAUUCUUUGGGCUUCCUCCUUCUACUCGUUUGUGAACAACUGGAAUUCUUCCGCGGUGGCUCCUGCCAUACCGAUCCUGGCUGUCGUGCUCCAAAAGGACUUUGCACAGCUCACUCACCUUGUUGCCGUCAAUGUGCUCUUGGCCGGUGCUGCCAAUCUGUGGUGGGUGCCUCUGGCUAAUGUCUAUGGUCGCCGCCCGGUAUUGCUGUUCUGCACUCUGCUCAUGACCUUCUCUACCAUGUGGUGCGGCCUUGCAGGAAGUUUCAACAGCCUCCUUGCUGCUCGAGUGGUGCAAGGCAUCGGCAUCGCGGCUGCAGACGCGGUAGCCCCCGACGUUGUGGGAGAGAUCUUCUUUGUCCAUCAAAGAGGCCGCGCAAUGGCCAUCUAUACAGUUUUCUUGGCUCUGGGUUCUCUGGUCGGCGGUGUUACUGGCGGGUACAUAGCUUCGGCAUACGGCUACAAGUAUAUCUUCUGGAUCGGCACCGCACUUUCGGCCGCGUCGUUUCUGUUCAUCUUAUUCUUACAGCCUGAAACCUUGUACGACCGCGUGGUCCCGGCAGCGCCCUACAACGGUGCUCAUACCCACACAGACAAGGAGGAUGGCAGCACAAUGGAGUCCAAAGGAUCCGACCACAUUGCACAUCUGGAAGAAUCCUCCUCUUAUCGACCCUUCACCUACGGCCGAAGCCUCAGAGUUGGCGUGAACCGAGGAGGAUUGUUCCGAGCCCUUCUUCGGCCCUGGGCAUCUCUCUUAUUCCCGGGCACUUGGUUGGUGAUGCUCCAUUACGGUGGCCUGGUGGGUGGCAUUGUCACCCUCUCCACCGUGGGUCCGACGCUUCUGGCCAUGCCACCGUAUCUAUGGGGUGCCAACGUCGGUCUCCUCAACGUUGGCGGCAUCAUCGGCACCCUACUCGGUGCUGUAUAUGCUUACCUGACAGCGGAUCGCCGCAUAACAGCCUCGGCCAGCCAUGAUUCCGGCGGACAUGCUGAACCCGAAACCCGGUUGCCGCUGUUGGCACCUCCUCUAUUCAUUGCCACCACGGGUAUGUGGGUGUUUGGCUUUUCUGCUCAAUAUCCGGGUCCUACUCGCUGGGUGGGCUUGGAAUUCGGGCUGGGCAUGUUGGCUUUUGGACUCAUGUCGGUACCCAGUAUCGGCUUCAACUACAUCAUUGAUUCAUACAACGCCAUCAGUGGCGACUGCUUUGUGAUGAUAGUGUCGUUCCGCGCUGUCAUCUCAUUUGCGUGGACCUUCUUUGUCGGACAGUGGGUGACCAAAAGUGGUCCUGCUGAGCCGUUCGGUAUCUUCGGCAUGCUACUCGGCAUCUUCUCGCUGUUGACGAUUCCUCAAUGGCUGUACGGGAAGCGGACCAGGAUUGCCACUCAAAAAUGGCUUCCAAAGCGAGCCGAUCAUUGA